AUGGGUUUGUUGGUGGAAGGACGGUGGACAGACGACAAAGAUGCCCCAAAAGGAAUCAAAAUGACACCAUUCAACAACUGGGUGACCGUCGAUGGACAACCCGGGCCAACGGGAGAAGGAGGAUUCGUCGCUGAAAAAGAUCGAUAUCAUCUGUAUGUCUCGUACGGAUGCCCUUACGCUCAUCGCACGCUGAUUCUAUUGAAGCUAAAGGGACUCGAGGACCUUUUGAGCGUGUCAGUGGUCAGUCCGAUGAUGCUUGAGAAUGGAUGGACAUUUGAUGAGACUUAUCCAGAUGCAACCGUCGACCACCUCUACGGCUUUCAGUUCCUAUACCAAGUCUACUUAAAGUCCGAUCCAAAAUGCACGACCCGGGUCUCGGUGCCGGUGCUUUGGGACAAGAAACAGCACAAAUUGGUGAGCACCGAGAGUGCCGACAUCAUUCGAAUGCUCAAUUCGGCUUUCGAUGGGCUUGGCGCAAAUACAGGGGAUUUCUACCCAAAAGAAUUGCAUACAAAGAUCGAUGAAGUGAACGAAUGGGUCAAUGAUACUGUCGUCACCGGUAGCAAGAAACGCAUCUUGGACUACCCGAAUCUUCACGGUUAUCUCAGGGAUAUUUACCAACAUCCGGGCAUCGCUGAGACGACAAAUUUCAAUCACAUCAAGGCUCUCUACUUCCGCUGUGGCAAAACGUUGAAUCCGUCGGGCAUCGUUCCAAUAGGACCCGAUAUGCGACUCGAUGUGCCACACGGAAGAAAUAAG